AUGCAACAGGAGUUUUGGAUUCCAGCCUGGAUUCGCGGUAGCAGAAUCGAAGACAUAGUCUGCAUCGGAAAGAACACCCUCGCUUGGUGCACAGGGGUGAACCUCAUCUUCUUCGACAUCCCUCUGCAGAGGCAGAGUCUGCGCUGGUGUCGUAACCAAGAAACUGGAGAAGGCGCGCAGUGUCUAUCAGGACACUCGAUCCUGUCGAUCUUCUGCUUUGCUGAGAAGAUCAUUCAGCCUAGGAUACUGGUCUACGCCUACCCUUCCAUGACGAAAAUCUCCGAGUGCGUAGGUGGCUGUCAAUCCGGCUAUCUGGCCACUGCGUUCACUAUGCACGAUCAGCUCGUCUCUGUUGGCUCGUACCCCCAAUUCCCGAUGAUCCUUUGGUCCUGGAGAACUGGCGAGAAGCUCGUAACCGUGAACACGUCCAUUCGCGACAACGUUGGCCAGAUAAUUCGAGUCACUCAGAUAGGUCCAAUGGUCAUCGCGCAGAUGGGCAAGACCUGUGGGAAACUAACCACUUGGGAGCUCGAUGUGGCGGGAAAAAUGGUGACGUUGAAAGAUCACGAGGUCAAUCUCCCAGACAAACAACCAAUCCUUUGGGUGGACUGGUCCCCAACAUCCAGCGAUCCUCUGCUUGCCCUUACAGACACAGAAGGUCAUAUCUUUCUGAGCAAUUACGACGGCAGUGACAUUUACCGCAUCAUAUUGUCUCAACGUUGCGGCGUGUGCUUGGACUUAGAGCUACCAAUAGUGCGUUGGUUCCAAGAGGGGAUCGUGUUGCGAACGACCUUUUGUCAGAUUCGUUUCUUCGCGAAAAAUGCAAGGACCAGCAAAUGGGAAAAGGUGUGGUACGUGAAAUCGAUGACGAAGCCGUGUGUCCUGGUGACCCACCCCUUCAGAAACGACUGCUUCUUCUACCACACGUUGGAGGGCUACUUGAUGAAGAUCGGCUACUCGGAGGAACGCACGACUCCAGUGAUCGAGAAGUAUCUGGACUACGGCGCUAUAUAUCGCUUUGCGGACUUUGUGUACCCUUGGUGCCAUCAUCUUGUUGUCACCGAUAAUUUGAAGGAAUUGGUUGUCGUUGAAUGCUACAGUGGGACUGUCGUGUCGAUGAUGGACCUGGAGCUCGAUGGGGAGAUCACUUCUCAAGCAUCUCAUCCUGAUUAUCCGAUGAUCGUCCUGGGAACGUCGCAGGGUGGACUGGUUUUCGUUAAUUUCCUUGAUCCUGAAGAACCUAAGGUCGUUGCCAGCAUGAGGUUGCAGCAAACUCCUCUCGAUUUAAUCAAGUUCUCGCAUAGUGGGAGAUCCCUCCUUGCCGCCGAGAAGAUGCUUGGCACUUGCUACUGCAUCAACCUCAAUCGUGACAACAAAGCGUACACGGUGCAAGCUCUGUUACAACCCAAUCAAACGAUCGUCGACGCUCUGAUCUACGAGGGACGCAGUAGAAUAAACGUAUUAAUGCUCUUCAUGUCAAAAAAUCAUUACUCUGCUGGUCAACAGUUGGCCUUAUUCCUCGUACCAGAGGAUCGAAACCUGAUCACCAACAUCACCGCUGUUCUCGAGUUGCCUGGCGUUUACCAAACCCUGUGGCAGAUCCCCACAAACGCCAUGAUCCUUAUAGGAUCACCUUACAAGACUCGAUUCCUGCGCAUGCAGAGAAUUCAGGACUUCAAAGACGUGGUAGCGCUGGAUGGUUUGAUGACAGGGCAUCACGUCAAACUGGCCAACCUUUUCGUCGAUAGAAAUUGGAUAACCACCGCUGCCUUCGAUGGUCUGGCCUUCGUCAGGGACAAAAAUGUGCAGCACGUACUCGCGCACUUCAUGACACAUCACAGGGCAGACUUUGGCAGCGUGAAGACCAUGGCGAACAGGUCUGGGAACUUGAUCGUCUGUCUAGGGUACAAUGGCUCUUUGGUCGCCAUGAGGCCUGCACCUGACGACAAAAAGGAGAAUCCAACGUCCCCUGUUGCCGAUGAUCAGAGAGCCACCCACCGAGUAGACUAUACUUUGUACGAAAAGCACAAGAAGAAGAUACUCUCGGACUACGCCAGCCUCGAUCCAGCGAUCGAGGAUCUGUUGCUACGGCGUAAAGUAGAAAUCCCCGAUCCCCAAGAGAGUGACAAAACUUGGACAGAAUGGAGGGACGAGAUGCAGUUGCAAGAAGAACGAGUCAAGUGCGCCGAAGAAAGGGCAGCCAUCCUUAGAGACUUCGAUAUUCUGAAAGCCAAAGUGAAGAAACUGUUGGAUGAUAACGAGACCUGUCCAGAGAUCGAAAAGCUCCCUUUGUCAGCUUUCGAUUUGGAUAUAACGGGUCGUGAUCAGAAAUUAAAGGCUGGCCGUGACACGUGCGAGAAUAUUCGUAUGAAGAUGGAGCACAAUUGCAGCGAGAUGGACAGAGUGUCCAGUUGGAUAAGAAGGACUUUUUGGGAUCCCCAGGUGGUUGUGGGUAAAUCUCUGACCGCCAUGUUAGGUAGUCGAGAAGUGACCAACUAUCCUUCGGUUGCUGAGGAUCCACUGACCAAGGCCCAGCUGGAAUGGGCGCACUUCAGCAAGGAUGCUGUGAGGAGAUUCAUGGAAGGUGACACUUUUCAACCCUGGAAGGUGUACACCCAGGAGCAGCUUCAGAUUGAGCUGAACAAACGAAUAACAUUGCACAGGGAAGAGGACUUGAGAAUUGACUUGUUGCUCGACGACGAAGAGGACAAGGAAGUGACUGAAGAGGAAAUUAGCACUCAAAGGGCGUGGGAGGGAACAAUUGCUUACAAGUUCAUCGAGACGUCGCCCUGUUACUCCCAGUUGGAAUCCUAUGGGUUCGAUCACGUGAUGAUAAACAAUCGUUUUCUGAUGCACGACAGCGAGAAGCUUCGUGCUUACUUCAACAAAGCGUUCGACGAAGUGUACGCGCUGAAGGAGAGGGAGAUGAACGUGAUACACGAAAGAAUACAGAGGAUACAUCACAUAAACUCCGAACUGAAAACCAUGUUUCAGCGAUCCCUGUCGUACGUUCCAGCUUAUCUCCGAUGGCAUUGGCAGGAGAGGCCAGAAGGGAUUAUCACGGUGUUGGAUCACGAGGUCGACGCGAAACCUUACAUCUCGCCGUCCCAGCAAGGAAUGCUAGACAAGCAGGCUGCGGAGGAAGAACGAAUCAGACUGUUGUUACUCGCCGAUGACUUUCGCGAGCGCGCGCUAAUGGCGAUGAUGGACGGCGUGCUGGAGGUUCGAUGGGAGGACAUCAUCAAGAUAGACGUGCCCAAGCCUGCCUGCAUGCUGGAGAAGAAACCGGAAAACUACACCUCGGAGGACAUACAAACUGUGAAACGAUACGAGAAGGACGUUAAAUUCCUCCAGGAGGAACGGGAACGCUACAACAGAAUGCUAGAUGCGGAGUACAUCAAAGUUAUGGGACUCCUACGGGAGGGGGUCGACAAGUUCAAUGGGAAACUCGAUGAACUGUUUAGGCUGAAGAUAAGCAUCGAGUCAGCCAUAAAUCAGAUACAUUUGCGAUACGUCCGCGGUUACUUGCGAAACUAUCAUCGAAUCAAAGCCCUGCGCCAGGAAGAAGAGGUCAAGCAGCAGAUCUCGGAGAAAAGGCGAUACGAGGCUACCUUGCAGGCUCACGUGCAAGCUUUUCGAAAGGUUCACCAGGAGUUCAUCUCCCAGCACGAGACGUUGAGCGCUAGAGAAAAAACAAUGCCAAGAAGAUUCAAAACAGAGUUUUCCUCGCUGACCAAGCUGCAAACCGAGCUGCUGGAGCGCCAGUACAAGCGUCGACCUAGGACGAACCUACGGAACCUGACUGCAUCCGACUUCCUGGAUCUGGGGAGCCACGUGGUGGCUCGGACUAGGUCUACGUACUUGCCAUCCGAGUGCAACGAGUAUCUCAGAGCCCUAGACCACCUGGACGUUCGGCCAAACGUCUUUCCACCGACGAUAGAGUCCUCUCACUGGGAGGCGUUGACCAGACUGCGUCGCCAGAGGAUAGAGAUGGAGCUGAAGGUCAGAGCAAAGGAGAUCGAGAUCAUAGAGGUCGAGAACGUUAUUUAUGGAUUCGAGCAGAAGAUCGAGAAAUGCGGAGUCGAUAUAGAUAACAUGACCAGAGACUUUGACGAGACGAGGAGGCACAGAAGAAUCUCUGACCUGGACGUUGAGAUACAGCUGGUGGUGAAAAUGGGACAACUGGAGAUCAAACUCAAUGGAGACCUGGACGACACUGAGAAAGCCAUCCUGGUUACGCGAAGCGAAAUCGAACGCGUCAACGAGUUCAUUCGGGCAGCUGGCGAGUGCAAACUGGAGGCCUUGUCACAGCUGCUCAACUUCAGGAGAGGUACUCUGCUGAAGGAGUGGAAGCACGAGUGCCAGAGGCGUCAUCUGGAGGACCUCCAGGAGGACCUGCGAUUCCUGGAGUCGGUGACGGUGACCAAGGAGAUGCAACUGUACUUGAAGCGCAAGGCUAGAGGCUUCCCAGAUGACAAGACCCCUGAGCAUCUGAGUGACGACAUAGAAGCGACGAAGAGGCAGUUCGAGAAGAUCGUAGUCGGCUACAGGUCCAGGCUGCAGUCCAUCGAGAAGGAGAUCUCGAUCACCAGAAGCAAGAACGAGCAGCUCGAUCGUCGAAUCUUGGAGAUGAACGUAGCGAGGUGCGAGAUGGAGCUGCGCCGUGAUCGUAUCGGCGAGGCCAGGCAGCGGGAACACAUGGAGAGGAAGAUAAGGAUGAUCAUGAGGCGAUCCCGUCUGAUCAAGAAGCUGCAGGAUAAUUACGCCGAGCUACUGAUGCUGCAGACGGAGCACGAGCUGCUCAGGCUUCGUCGCUAUCCGACUUUCCACUUCAAGACCCUGGACGACGAGGACGACAAGAAGGAUCAUACACCGAGGCGCCAUUUUUGCCCCUGUUAA